UGCAGCCUGGUCUACAGAGUGAGUUCCAGGGCUGGCUCCAAAGCUACAGAGAAACCUGUUUCAAAAAACAAACAAACAAAAAUCCCCAAACCAAAAAAAACCCUUGUAAUGCAAUAUAAUAUAGUACACCAGUUUUUUAAAAGUAUCCACAGUUGUCUUUAAUGGCAUUUCAGAAAUGUACAAAACGAAAAGCAGUCCUGAGAACACGCUCCUGAAAACCGAUUUCUGCUGAGUGCACUCUGGUUAGAAUAGCUUGAAGCUUAUGGACGCUUUAGGGUUCUGGGGAAUGCGGUGCUAGAGAGGCAUCAGAGCUAGGCGCUUCCACUGAGGCAUUCUGGGAAUUGUGGUUCUGGUACCAGCGGCAGUCGGGGGUCGCUUCCGCUUCUGCUAGGCGAGGCUACCUGGCAGUGGUUCUAAGGAGGGAGAUCCUGGAGCGUCCCGUGGCCCAUCGUGUGUGUUCGUGCUACCGGAGUCUUUCCCGCAGGGACCGAGCCUGCGACCUGGGCGGGAACGGGGCGGCCGCGGCUGGGUCCUCUCACUCUGGACUCUACCUGAGGCGGCGCUGCCCUGGAUUUCUGGAUCCAUCUCAGCUGCUGGGAGCCCACAGGAGAGUCUAGCUUCCCCUGGGAGCCUGGCAAGAGGAGCUGUGAUGACAGAUGGCCAGCGUCCUGAAGCCUUAAGUGCCUGCGUCCCAGAGCCCUGCCUUGUCCCAGGGAGAAGAGAACAAUGACCAAGUUAAAGGAGGCAGUGACGUUCAGGGACGUGGCUGUGGUCUUCAGUGAGGAGGAGCUGGGGAUGCUGGACGCUGCCCAGAGGAAGCUGUACCGUGAUGUGAUGCUGGAGACCUUCAGGAACCUUCUGUCAGUGGGAGGCCAGGGUCCAAACAAGAUGGAGACUCUUCUUGCAGCAGGAUUAAGGUGCCUCUCACUGGGGCGGCUUCCAUGCUGGCAAAUGAUGAGCCAUGAUGUUAACAAACUGGCCGGAGCGCCAGGUGCCAUGGUAAACACCCGCCACAGGGGAUCAGAAGAGCUGCCCUGGGCCUGCAUAGAUGACAGCUGCCUUGAGCGUCUCACAGGAGAACGUUCACGUUCUAGCACUACUGAAAACCAACAAUGUUCGUCUGGGAGAACUCGGAGAACUCAGAGUUCUUGGAGUGAAACAAAUCUUAGCGAUAGACAGAACCAUCGGAGACACUGUCAACAGCCUCUUGUGAAAACCAAGCCAUGGCUGCCGCCUCUGGGUGGUGACAUUCUGGGUUGCAUGUCCCCCCGCAAUAACAAAAUGCUGCACAAAGGAGGCAAAGCCCACAGCAGUGGUGACUGCAGUAAGAUCAGUUUUGCAGUGUCGCCCUGCACCCCGCGUCUUGUUUCCACAGAGCAGAAGGCCCAGCAGUGCAGCAAGGGAGAAGCCUUCAGUAGCCGCCCGAGUCUGGGACUCCAUCAGCAGGUCCUCUUAGGAAAGAAGUCCCCUGUACACAGGACACACGAGGACAGCAGGCAUAGCUCCAGUGUCCCCACUCAACAAAAUGUUCAUCCAGGGAAAAAGCGCUACUGGUGUCACGAGUGUGGCAAGGGCUUCAGUCAGAGCUCAAAUCUGCAGACGCACCAGAGAGUUCACACGGGGGAGAAGCCCUUUACCUGCCCUGAGUGUGGGAAGAGUUUUAACCAGAGCUCGCAUCUGUAUGCACAUCUGCCCAUCCACACGGGCGAGAAGCCCUACCGGUGCGACAGCUGUGGGAAAGGCUUCAGCCGGAGCACAGACCUCAACAUCCACUGCCGAGUCCACACGGGAGAGAAACCUUACAAAUGCGAGGUGUGUGGGAAGGGCUUCACGCAGAGGUCACACCUUCAGGCCCACGAGAGAAUCCACACAGGAGAGAAGCCCUACAAAUGUGGAGACUGCGGCAAAGGCUUCAGCUGUAGCUCGAACCUCCACACGCACCAGAGGGUCCACACGGAGGAAAAACCCUACAAGUGUGACGCGUGUGGGAAGCGCUUCAGCUUGAGCUUCAACCUGCAUAGUCACCAGCGAGUCCACACGGGGGAGAAGCCCUAUAAGUGCGAGGCAUGCGGGAAAGGCUUCAGUUCGGCCUCCAGCUUCCAGAGCCACCAGCGGGUCCACACGGGAGAGAAGCCGUUUCGCUGCAGCGUGUGUGGGAAGGGCUUCAGUCAGAGCUCGUACUUUCAAGCCCACCAGAGAGUUCACACCGGGGAAAAACCAUACAAGUGUGAUGUGUGUGGGAAGCGCUUCAUCUGGAGCUUGAACCUCCACAAUCACCAGAGAGUCCACACGGGAGAGAAGCCCUAUAAAUGUGAGGCGUGUGGGAAAGGCUUCAGUCAGGCCUCAAAUCUGCAGGCCCAUCAAAGUGUCCACACCGGGGAGAAGCCGUUCCAAUGCAACGCAUGCCCGAAACGGUUCAGUCAGGCCUCACACCUCCAGGCUCACCAGAGAGUGCACACUGGCGAAAAGCCCUACAAAUGCGACACGUGUGGGAAAGCCUUCAGCCAGAGGUCCAAUCUCCAGGUCCAUCAGAUCAUUCACACUGGGGAGAAGCCGUUCAAGUGUGAGGCGUGCGGGAAGGAAUUCAGCUGGAGCGCGGGACUUAGUGCUCACCAGAGGGUCCACACGGGUGAGAAACCCUACACAUGCCAGCAGUGUGGGAAAGGCUUCAGUCAGGCCUCGCACUUCCACACGCACCAGAGGGUCCACACCGGGGAGAGGCCCUACAUCUGCAGCAUCUGCUGUAAGGGUUUCAGUCAGAGGUCACAUCUGGUCUACCACCAGCGGGUCCAUACGGCGGGGAAUCUGUAGGAUCCCUGUAAGGCGGCAUCUCAUCUCCCUGGAAAUCCGUGCUGCUGAUUGUCAGAGGUUCCUCAGAACCCAGAGCCUUCGGAGACUUCACAGGGGAGACGCGCUUGUGUUUGGGAGAUUGAUUCUUUACAAAUGUCGGGAAUCACAGAUGGGAGGAAAAUUGCUCUCUCAAUGUACAGUCAUCACAUACAGGAGUUGCCACCCUCGGGUUAUGACACGGCCCGGCAAACCUCGGCGUGCAUCCAGGUCUCUGAAGACAGGCUGCAGGAAGGGCUUUAACCAAAGCCGGGCAUUGGCAGGUGUUGACUGAGCGUCACUUCCUCAUAGGAAAUGCUCCUCUGUAUUCUGCUAUGCAGAGCUGUGUGUGACUCAGGGCCCCAUGAUUCCUGAAGAAAGUGGAGAAGGGCUCUAUAAGUAAGACUCGUGUUUGAAAACGCUAACCAGUCCCCAGCCCUGCAUUCAUACUGCUUCAUAGUCCUCAGUAAUCCUAUGAGGAGCCUUAAAUCAUCCUCCAGAAGGCAUGGGGCUUCCACACGUCUCUAGUGUGUGGCCUACCCCAUCUAGCCAUGGUGCUUUGGACAACACAGCAGCUCUGUACUUAGGAUUUUUAGGAUUUGUACUUUGCAGACUAAAACAAUGCUUUUUUUUUUUUUUUUUAAAUCCUGUAUUUAUCAGACUAAUAACCUGAACUGAAACACAUUCUGUUGGAAUUUUGGGCCCUGAGUUCAUUGGGGCAGGGUUUUUACGGUAACCAUCACUGCAGUGUUUUUCCAAAGUAUUUAUUAUUGACAAAAAGGCUCUUAGUAAACGUGAAUGGUUCAUUAGCUGCUUCUCCUCCUUUCUCCCUCGUCUUGGUCAGACCGUCCCCCCUGCGCUCUCUUGUUGAGCUUCUGUCCACUGCUGAGCUUCUGAUUUGCACCGCUCCCACAGAUUCUCCAAGUUGUAUCAUGUAUAAAGGACUGUGAUUUCUUACAGCUUCAUAGGCUGUAAAGGUCAAGGGUCAAGCUGGGUCUGACUGUGUCAUCCGAUAACAGGAAGUGUGCAGGAAUGAUCUAGGGGCGGCUGGAGUUGGUGUCACCCACAUCGUGGCUCAUGACAGCUGUUAACAACAGUUCCAGGGAAUCCAAUGCCCUCUUUUGAUCUCUAGGGGCAACACACACACACACACACACACACACACACACACACACACACACGAUGCAUAUAUAUGCAAGCAUUCAUUCACGUAAGUAAAUCUAAAACCUUGAAGACACAGGAAGAAUGCAGGAUCCCACAGUGACAACCUGAGCUCCAUUGUGAGGCAGUGCCCUCCUGACGGUCACUGCUCCACAUCUUGCCUCUUAAAUCUCAGUGCUGACCGAAUUUGCUUCUAAUGGCUGUGAUAGACAUCAUCUCUACAAAGCACCUUGGGGAGGAAGGGCUUAUUUUACUCUUCCAUGUCACAGUCCAUCCCCGAGGGAAGUCAGGGUGGAACCUGGAGGCAGGAACUGAAGCAGAGGGCAUGAGGAAACAAUGCUUACUGGCCUACUCCCUAUGGCUCAAUCCGUCUACUUUUUUCCUUUUUUCUCUUUCUUUCUUUUUCUUUUUCCCUUGAAACAGAGUUUCUGUGUAGCCCUGGCUGUCCUGGAACUCACAGAUUGGCUUGAAACUCAGAGGCCUGACUUCCUCUGCCUCCCGAAUGCUGGGAUUAAAGGUUUACAGCACUACCUGGCCCAGCCUACUUUCUUAUACAGCCCAGGACCAUCUGCCCGGGGAGGGGGCACCACCAAAGUGAGCUGGGCCUCUGACGUCAAUCUUUAAUGAAGAAAAUGUCCCACAGACUUGCCUACAGGCUGAUCUGGUGGCGGUGUUUUCUUAAUGAUGUUUCCUUUCCCCACACGACCGUAGUUUGUGUCAAACUGACAAACUAAUUAGUACACGUACACAUUCAAGCCAUGGCAAGCAGAUUGCAGGAGUCUUCAUUUUUUGUCUCCCAACCCCUAUUGCAACUUGUCUAGGAGAGGCAGGAGGAUCAGAAGCUGAAAGUUGCCCUCAGGCAAGAAGCAGAGUUUGAGACUAACCUGGGCUACACAAGACCCUAUCAGGGCUGGAGAGAUGGCCCAGAGGUUAAGAGCACUGGCUGCUCUUUCAGAGGUCCUGAGUUCAAUUAC